AUGACAUUGACACCGAACAUUGAUCAAGUUGUAUCUAUAUUUUGGCCGACUGAUAUCAGAAACCCACCCAAAGAUGAGCGGUUGGUUGUCGUGGGCUAUAGGAUCAAUGCAUCUAAAUUCGUUGUAAUAGAUUUAAUUUCAGAGAAAUGCUUCAAUUCACGAAAUAAAAAGCCAUGUGGAAAGGGCCUUGUUGCAUUAAAGGCAUUGUGCACUUUAAAUUACCACAAUGACCAUAUUGGCCGGGAAAUAUUUUAUGAUUAUACAAACGAAGUGCCGGUGUUGGCCGAAAAUGAAGUACUAAUCUAUUUCAAACCUCCAAACUCCGCUAACCUGGAGUACUUUUCCAUUGAUCCAAUUUCCAUUAAUAUCUUUUGGGAUUCAAAGAACAUCGAGAGCCCCACACCAAGGGAUCUAGAACUGUCAACGUAUUGUACUAAAUUGGAGUAUCACAUUCCCAAUAGAAAACGCGAAGAGAGUAUGAAGGAAGUACUUAGAUACAUUAAUUUGACCAACUUUUCUAGAUCACAGCUUCAUACUAAGGAACAUGAGCGCUUCUCAAGCUUUGUAUUAGCGUUCUCGUUAAAAUUUGGCGUUCUCACGUCCUUGAUAUCCACAUUAUAUGACCUGAUCAUAAGAAGGGCAUGCUUUUUUGUUAGUGCAAUCUUGGAGUAUCCUUUAUUUGUUCGGAGAUAUUCAUCUCCAUCUGAUGAUAAUGUCUAUCAGGGUUGUGAUAAUGAAUCUGCCGAAGAUAAAUUAACAGCAAAGGGUACGGUUAUAUCGCUUGCGUUGCUUUUACAUACAUUCCAUCAAAUGAAUUGCCGUGCAAAGCAAUUCUACAAUCUUCCUGAUCAGUUCAAAAGACUUCGUUUAUCACAAACAGAAAGUGAAGCCCUGAUCCUUAAGGGCACUAAAUUCUCACCUGCUGUAUACAUCAAAUUCUACAAUACAGUUUGGCUCAUAGUGAAUGAUAUUCUUUUGGGAAUUAUGGUAUCAAGCCUUCUACAGGAAGAGAAGGAGAAAAUAAUAGAGUACAUUGCGUCGAGUAUCAAUGAAAUAAAAAUACUGAUGUACUCCACAAUAAUAUGGUUAAUGAAUUCUCCGGCCGGUUUCAAGCUUAAUAAUGAACUUGCCACCUUUUUGGGAGAACUUAUUUUAUGGGUGAUCGACUUUUGGCAUUACAAGGUGAUCAUGAAAUUUUUGAAUUAUGCUGGUAUAAUCAUUGAUAUAAUUGCGAUUCUGGUCAAAUAUGGCGGGGUCUCACUGUUUGUUGCAAUAUCAGUUGAUCUGUUCAAUUUAUUAACCUUACAGCUUCAGGGCUUUUACAUUGCUUGCACUAGAAUUUACCGCUGGCAAUACCAUGCAUUAUUAUCACUGUUUCGCCUAUUCUACGGCAAAAAGCACAAUAUAUUACGUCAUCGAAUCGAUUCUAAUGCCUACGAAUUUGAUGAAUUAAUGUCUGGCACCAUUUUGUUCACAAUUCUCAUAUACUUACUGCCUACAAUAGCAGCGUUUUAUCUCACAUUUGCCACAACCAGGAUUGCCUGCAUAUUUGUGGUAACUUCAUUGGACUUCUUAUUAAUUUCGCUCAAUCACCUUCCCUUGGGCGUUUUUCUUCUUCGCGUCAAAAACAAGGAAAGGUUACCCGGUGGGGUAACAAUCGUUCCACUUUCGAACGGCUCCACAUGUGCUCCUUUAUUUUCCUUGAGGACUAAAUGUUUGAGUUUAUCACAAAUUGUUAAAGGUCAUGUCAGCUCUACGUUCAACUUCAAUCUUGUAAAUUACACAAAAGCCUUUGUGCCUAUUUCUGGAUAUAACUGUCCAAAGUUCACCAUGAGAGAUAUUCUUGAUAACUGGAAUCGGAUAUCUCCCACAACAAUAGCUAGAAGCAUAAUUUUUGGUGAGAUGAUCAGGAAUUCGGACUACAAGAGGAUGUUUUAA